AUGCCUCGAUCCCUUGCGGAUGUUGAAAAGUCGCUCGGUCAGGCGCUCGUGGGAUUCCCUGCGCGGUACGGCAACAGAUACGAUGAUAAGGCGAGAAGAGAGCUUAUAGAGCUCCUCUUCCGCUGUCUUACCGGCUACAACGACGACUUUCUACGGUUAUUGUUCCCCGAGGGACCUGGAAAUGGUUGCUGGAACCUGUCAAAGGCCCAGGGUCUGAAGGCUGGAGCGGAAUAUUCUGAGGCAGCUCGCGGCAAACGCUGUGGGCAUACGUUCAAGUCCGGCGACGCAGCAUACCACUGCAUUACAUGCUCGGUAGACGAGACAUGCUGUUUGUGCAACCGAUGCUUCAAUGCCUCUGACCACUCGGGACACAAAUUUUCCUUCUUCGUUUCGAGCGGACACUCUGGAUGCUGUGACUGUGGGGACGAAGAAGCCUUCCGUAUACCGGUCAACUGUGCUAUACAUACAGCGUUUGAAACCGAUGACAAGGACAAGAAUAAAAAAAAGAAAAAGGAUGAGAACCUGGUCCCUGAGAUGCUGGUUGCCUACAUUAGAAUGACCAUGGCACGAGUGCUUGACUACUUUUGUGAUGUCAUCUCCUGCUCUCCGGAACAGUUACGGCUACCGAAGUCUGAGGCAGGAAUCAGGCAGGACGAGAUUGUUUCUAGGCUAUCUGGAGACUGGUAUCAUGCCAGUGACCCUGAGGAAAGUGAGCCGGAAUUCGCUCUGGUGCUUUGGAAUGACGAGAAACAUACAAUAAACGAGGUUACAAACCAGGUGGCCAGGGCCUGUCGAGAAAGAGAGAGAUUCGGACUCCAGAAGGCGAAUGAAUCUGAUGAGAUUGGCCGGAGUGUAGUCAAAUACUCGAAGGACCUCCCACGGCUACUUGAUGUCUCUAGGAUCAUAGAGCAAAUCCGGGUCACAGUUACAGUCCGCUCCGCCAGAGACACUUUCCGAGAGCAGAUGUGUGCCACCAUCAUCGAUUGGCUUUCUGAUAUAUCUGGUUGCCGCGUAGGCGAGGAUGGCUCGUUAUUACGGCUCAUGAUAUGUGAGCAGCUGCUUCAGCCGUGGCAUCCUGGAAGUGCUGCGUCAAAUGCGGGAAUUGGCAGCAAGGGAAUUGACGAUCAGAGUAUAGACGAUGGUCGUAUCUACCGUGCUGUCCAUAUUGAUCAGACUGAAAUACUUGCAGCAGAAACAGUUGACUUGACUGACGCAGAAAUGGAGGAUACAGAAGAUGGUGCCACACGAGCCGCCGACGACGACGACGACGAGGACAUGGAUGACGCAGAGGUGGAUCAAGUUCAGCUAGAUGUGCACGUUCAGCAUGUCCUUGAUGAUGAUCCAGAAAACCCUGAUGAAGAUGAUCUCGACAUGGAGACACGGGUAGACAAUGAAGCUGCGGAAUUUGGACUACCGCCGCAACCGCCUCCGCCACCUCCCCCGCCAGCGCAGCCUCCUCCGGGAGAUGGCGGCGAUCCUCUAGUAAUCCUGCCAGUAACUGAUGAUCCGCAGUUCUCCAGAAAGCCAGUCUCUAUACCAAAGACACCUGGAGUCAAGCAAAAAACCAACACCGCAUCGUUACCCCAUUGGGAAGAGAAACCUCGUCUAUUUCAUGAGAGGAGAAGUUUGCCCCAUGAAGACCUACAGCAAAGGACACGGCUGGAUUGGCUCAUAUUAUAUGACUUGCGGCUAUGGAAGAAGACUCGUACUGACGUUCGGGAGUUGUAUUUGGCAACAGUUGUCAAUGUUCCAGAGUUCAAGAGGGUUCUAGGUCUUCGGUUCUCUGCUUUAUACACUGCCCUGGCGCAGUUAUAUCUCAUUGCAGACAGAGAACCAGACCAUUCGAUUAUCAAGCUCUCUCUACAGCUAUUUACGACCCCGUCCAUCACAAAGGAAGUUGUUGAGCGUGGAAAUUUCCUCACUAGCAUAAUGGCUAUUCUGUAUACUUUCCUCACCACAAGACAAGUUGGUGAACCUCACGAUGUCAGUCCUACGGCUACUUUAGCAAUGGACUCUGGAUCGAUCACAAAUCGGAGGCUAUAUCAUUUCUUCCUGGACUUACGCUACAUCCUUGCCUCUGAGCACAUCCAAAAAUACCUAAGGACGGAAAAGCAGUACCUUUUGCAGUUUAUGGAUCUAGUUAAGCUUACGCAGGGUAUUUGUCCCAAUGUUCGGGCAGUUGGUGAACAUUUAGAGUAUGAAACCGAUGCAUGGAUAGGAGCUUCCAUUCUCAUGAGAGAGGUGACAAGAUUAUGCCGAAUAUUCUGUGAAGCAUUCCGUCCAAAUAACCUUGUUGAAGGAGACAACCACCUAGCGGAUGCAAUUGUCCAAUCUUCCCUAGCAACAAUGGUUAACUCGAUGGGUCUGGAGAGAAAACGGUUUGCCCAGGCCGAGAUUAAGGAACCGGUGAGGUUCAAAACGGUGCCAUAUCUUGAGUUUGAGAUUGAUGCAUUUAAUCAAUGUGGGCGUCAUACGGUAGUUGACUUUGUUGUGGAGCGAGGAGCUCUAAGUUUCCAUCAUGCGCUGCAUUAUAUCCUUUCCUGGCUACUGGAGUGCGCCAGAAACAAGCCGAAAGAAUGGGUGCGAGAACUCUUAGACCGAGCGGUCUUAUUGAUGAAAGAGAAGUACCCGGUCACUCCAUCAAAUGCACUUGAGGCAGAAGAUGUCAUUUUGGCCAUGUUUGAUUUCCCUAUAAGAGUAUGUGCCUGGCUUGCCCAGAUGAAGGCUGGAAUGUGGGUUAGAAACGGUAUGAGUCUCAGGCACCAAAUGGGGCAGUACCGCGCAGUAAUAUCACGAGAUGUUGCGUACUGUCGAGACAUCUUCUUGAUCCAGGCCGCCAUGGCAAUCUAUGAUCCAAGCCGUGUGCUUGCAACUCUAUGCGAGAGAUACGGGAUACUGGAAUGGAUGAAAGGAGGAUGUGUGGAUCGACCUGGCUAUGAUGAAGGCCAGCAUGUGGAUGUUGCUGAUGAAUUUAUGCAUUUGCUGAUAAUACUUAUAUCUGAACGGACGUCGUUUUCAACUGGAGAAGACGAAUCUGCGAUUCAGCACCAUGUCAUCAGAAGAGACAUUGCACAUACUCUCUGCUUCAAACCGCUCGCUUUCACUGACCUUAGCGCAAGGAUAAGAGAUGAGGUUGUUGAAUCCAGAGAUUUCCACCAGAUACUUGAAGAAGUCGCCACAUUCCGCCCACCUGAUGGACUCAAUGACACUGGGACUUUUGAACUAAAGCCGCAGUACAUUGGCUUGGUAGAUCCGUACUCCACUCAAUACAGCAGAAACCAGCGGGAUGAGGCUGAGAAUAUCCUCAGACAGUGGAAAGCGAAAUCAACUGGAAAGAGUGUUCAAGAAUCCAUUUUUGAACCUAAACUCGAGCCGGUCCCUCCUGGUUUAUUCACUGAAUACACGAAGUUUACACGAACCCCUCUGUUUGCCCAAGUCAUUCAUCAGUUUUUAGAGUACUGCCUCAUGUUCAAAAUAAGUACACCAACCAUUCAGUUGACGCGGAUCGAACCCUUUCUCCAGACGGUUCUCCAUCUGACCCUUCUUGCUGUCUUGGAAGACCCAGAAGCAGAUGAGGAGAACCCCGAAGCGAACAAACAAACCUUCACAUACCAUGCACUCACCAAAACCAAGUCAACACAAGUCGGAGACCUGACCAUCAUUGGGCUCUUUCAAAAGUUAUCAGAGGUAUCGACCUUUGAGUCUUGCGCACCCAAAAUCAGGCAUAUAUUGAAGGGUCUAUGGAAGAAUAAUCCAAAGUUGUACUCUUCAACGUCAAAUGACAUUGUCUUCCCGUAUGGCAACAUAUACCCAUCGUCUUCCACCCCAGUGUCGGACAAUGAAGCAGAACAAAAGAAGAAAAAGGCUCUCGAACGGCAGGCGAAGAUUAUGGCCCAGUUCCAGCAACAACAGCAAACCUUCUUGAAUAGCCAGGAAAAUUUCGACUGGGGCGAAGAUGAGCUUGACGAGGCUGAAGACUCGCCACGAUUCUCAGAAGAGAAAAUUCGCAAGUAUCCUUCUGGAAAUUGUAUAUUAUGCCAGGAAGAUACCAAUGAGUCGAAGCUCUACGGAACAUUUGCCCUUAUCACUGAGAGUUCCAUAUUCCGUGAGACAGACUUGAAGGACCAGGAUUUCGUCAAGGAAGUCAUCAAUACCCCAUCAUCACUCGAUAGGUCCGCUGAGUCUAUCCGUCCGUUUGGAGUCGCAAGCGACAAUUUUGAGCGCGUUCGACAACUAGAUUCAAAAGGAGAACUCAUAAUAUCGACAAAACAAGGCUUGGGGAAGGGCUUCCCUGCUGAACUACAUAAACAAGGCCCCGUUUCGACAGGAUGCGGUCACAUAAUGCAUUAUAAAUGCUUUGAGACUUACUACGCGGCCACCAGACGACGGCACAACCAGCAAGUAGCUCGAAACCAUCCAGAAACCCUCAGUCUCAACGAAUUUGUCUGUCCACUUUGCAAGGCACUAGGAAAUGCCUUUCUCCCCAUUAUAUGGAGAGGACAGGAAAUGGCAUAUCCAGGCGUAACAAUUCGUGGAUCCGACUUCACGGAGUUUAUGUACAAGAAGGUAGAUGGAAUGCUCCGAAUGUUUAGCAGAUAUGCUAUACCAAAGGAGGGUGAAAUGAACUUUGUUCCAGGAUACGAACGGUAUUUUUCCGGGUAUCUUACACUGACCUUGACGCCCUCUCUCUCUCGCCAUGCAGAUACCCUUCUCUUAUCCAGAUUAAGCGCAUCGCGAGGUUUUAUACCUCAUAAUACUGGCCAUGGAAUGGGUGAUUUUGGAGAUCAUUCCGAUAGUUGGGUAUCCCCUGAUGACGAUAGGCCAGUUCAGACUCCAGCAGACGAUCCUGCAAGUCGUAUGUCCCGAAGCGCGGUAAUUGCAGAAUUGCUACGUCCACCAAGAGCGGAUGAGGAAGACGGGCUUGCCGAUUCUAGUCCGUUUUCUGAACUUGCUGCUGUCUAUUCGAGACUCCGGGAAACGAUCAGACUGAAUCGUAUACCUUCGCGCUAUGAAUAUCCACCUAGCAGUCUCCUAUCCUCAGAUUUAGUAUACCUUGACUCCCUGUUCAAAACAUUUGCUUAUUCAAUAACCUCUAUUGAAAUUGCUCAACGUGGUGUGGAAACAAAGCCUGGCGAAACUUUGGUAGAUGGAAUACCAGAGACUUCGUUAACACAUCUACGGAUCCUUUGUGACACUGCCCUAUCGUACACCUCGCUAGGUCACUUGAACUUCCGUUCCCCUACGAAAUUAAUAUGUGAGCUCCAUGACAUGCAUCGACGGAAGGUCCUUCAACUAUUCUUCGGCUCCCCUCAACUCUCGAACACAGGAAUAUCAAAUCUUGCCCGUGAUUCUAUGGAUGUCGACCCGCUUCUUUCAACCGAUACAUUUGUCUUCUUAGCCGAAAUCUCUCUCUGCAUGAUUCCUGCCUUAGACAUGGACAUUAUGAACUAUGUUGAGCUUUUCUACACUGCCGAAAUUGUCAAGGUGGUGCUAACCUACCUCCUUACGCCUCAGGGAUUGAAGGCAAAUAUGGACCAGGCCGCUGAAGAUCACACCACCCCAGCUGAAUACUCAGUGGUGAAAGACUUCAUCAUGUGGGUAAUAUCUGCCUACCGGUCUUGUGCGUCCUUUGUAGCAGACCCAGCCUUGCAGGUUCUCCUAGAUGGCAUUGAUAGGAAUUAUAUACCUAAAUACCGUCUCAGGGGCUGCCUCGAGGUAGUCCCGAAGUAUAUUCUUCCUUUCUUGCGGAAAACAGUGAUAUUACUUAAUGUUAGACACGGUGUUGACUUCUCAGCAGCCUGGGGCACAGAUCACUCAGAUAUGUCAGAGGUUGACCGGCUCUGUGAACUUUUACAGUUGCCAAAGAUACCCAUAAUAUUUGAUAGGCUAUCCUCUGCCGAGGACGGGAACCCACUAUCUGCCGUCGUAUGUGGAUGGAUGGAACAUUUUUGUAUUUCGAAACAUGAAGCCAAAGCCGCCGGAACACCACCACCACGCCUUUCGCUUAUGCAUCCAGCAAUCUUUGAGCUUGUUGGGCUUCCUUAUUACUUCGAUUCCUUACUCGAAGAAGCUACCCAACGAACUUGUAAGACCACUGGGAAAGAGUUAACCGAUGCUACCAUAUGCCUUUACUGUGGUGAAAUCUUCUGCGCUCAAGCUAGCUGUUGCAUGGUGAAUACACGGUUGGGCGGCUGUAACCGUCAUCUUGCAAAGUAA